CGCCGCUCUCCGGAAGUGGGUUGGAGCUGCUGAGAGGGCGCCGGCGGGCGAGAGGGCGCGACGGGGCGCGAGAGGGCGCCGGCGGGAGGGGCCCGCCGACCAUGGAGGACGAGCGGAGCUUCUCGGAUAUCUGCGGCGGCCGCCUGGCCCUGCAGCGCCGCUACUACUCCCCGUCCUGCCGGGAGUUCUGCCUCAGCUGCCCCCGGCUCUCGCUGCGCUCGCUCACCGCGGUCACCUGCGCCGUGUGGCUCGCGGCCUACGGACUCUUCACCCUCUGCGAGAACAGCAUGAUCCUCUCUGCUGCCAUCUUCAUCACCCUCUUAGGCCUGCUUGGUUAUCUCCAUUUUGUCAAGAUUGAUCAGGAGACAUUAUUAAUCAUUGAUUCCCUUGGCAUCCAGAUGACUUCAUCCUAUGCCUCAGGCAAAGAAAGCACUACCUUCAUAGAGAUGAGCAAGGUGAAGGAUGUGGUUAUCAAUGAGGCUAUUUACAUGCAGAAGGUGAUUUACUACCUCUGCAUUUUAUUGAAGGAUCCAGUGGAACCACAUGGGAUAUCCCAAGUAGUACCCGUCUUCCAGAGUGCCAAGCCCCGCCUGGACUGCUUGAUUGAAGUGUACAGGAGCUGCCAGGAGAUCCUGGCACACCAGAAAGCCACACCAGCAAGUCCUUGAGUCCCAGCAUUUCAGAGGCCAGUAUUAUCUUCCAUGGGAGAUGACUCCUAAGCCAUAGUGGCUGGUUUAUUUUCUGUAUUCUAAACCAUCAGGCAGACACAGUCCUAGGAACCAGUAUGGAUGCAGUGGAUCUCAGAGCCAUACAGCAGGUGCCUGGAAACCUAACUCAUUGUGUGAUGUUGAGCAAAGUAUUUAUGUAUAUUUUAGCGAUCUCUUUGUAAGGUUUCGCCUACUUUAUCAAUUGAGGGAAGAUCUUAAGAAACGAUAUGUCAAAAGUAAUGUUGACGAAGAGCACUUUGUGAAAUUCCUCAGCAUGUUCAGGUUUACUUUUUUGUAGAGAUUUGUGGAGCAAGACAAUGGGAAACUGACAUCAGAUCUCUUACAAAACAUGAUUUCCAACUGCACGGACCCCUGUAUAAAAGUCAACCCCUUCACGUACCAGUGAGUAGGAAGACAUGUCCUACAAAAGACUAGCCUCUGUCCACCUAGCUCCUGUGUUCUGUAGAGGGUGAAUUUAUGACAACUCUCGUAAUAAACCGAUCUCUUUCCAAAACACACAGUAAUUGCCUGGUUCACACACAGCUGCUUUUUAUUGACAACAUGAACAUGGCAUUUCAGUCAUGAGUGUCAGGCACAUUAAUACUCUACUGUUACUCAGCAUUGUCUGUGGUUUCAAAACCUUAUUUUGCCAAGAGGGGUGACACCAAAGGCCAGACAGAUAUUCAGCUUUGGUUUCCAGACAUGUUAGAGGAGAAUAAACACACAAACAGUAGAAGCUUUUGAUUAUAAGGCAGUUUUCUUCUGUGUAAAACUAAUAAACUGUGGGAGGACCCCUGAGGGGCCAGGAGGGAGCGAGGCAGGGUGGGGGAAGUAGCCUGAGCUCAAGUUCAUUGUGAACACAGCUCCGUUCUUGCUUGUUUUGGCCAUGGGAUCCUAAUUUUUUUUAACUCCCAAGUCGAUAUUAUUCUCAUGGCCAUAGAGACACUCAGGACAUUAGAAAACUAGAGUUGUAAUUGCUGCCUUUUCCAUCAUCCCAGGAGUAGUUAUUUGGAGCCUAAUGGUACAUGUGAUGUUUGACUUGUUUGAGGUAGAAAUGUCUCUGCUAGAUCCCAAGGGCCUGGGCAGCAAUAGAAAUGGGAGAUGGCUGUAAAAUUUCCAGCCUCGCAAAGCCAAGGUCAUUUAAAAGAGGCAUUCUCAUGUGCUGCUUUUUUUUUUUUUUUUUUUUAAAUCAUGCUUGUCAGUUUAAAGAGUGAGGGAGGGGAAGCCUAUAGCAGCUGAGGUGUUCAGAUAAACUAGUUCCAGCCUUGAAGUUUUUGCAGUGUGCAACACACAUACAUACACACAUUGUUGAAGUCAGAGGCUUGGUUCUUGGAUGCUACUGCUAAACCCAUACAGUUUUCAGCACUUUAUUGAAUGCUAAGACUGCCUUAGAACUUUGAAAUAAAACUCGGUUUCUCCAA